AAAAUUCUAGGAAUUUGAAGGUCGUAGACGAGCACAUUUUCAGAUUUCUUGUUCGAUAUGACAUAUGUAGCGUUUAAUGGGUAAUUGUGCAGGAAAGCACGUUUCUCCUCCUCCUACAGAACAAAAUAGCGAUGUUAAUGCGUUGCAUAAUCCGCGUGAGCCCUCGAAACAUGUCGUGAGAACAAGUUCUCAACCUAUGGAAUUGUGUGAUAGCUACAAAUCUAAUUCCUUAAAAGUAAUUCACGAAGACGGACUAAUGAAUGAACUUGGAAUAACAAACGAGCAUGAAAAAAUUUCAUCUUGCGUAACUCGCGAGAGGUUUUCUACUGGGAGAGAUUUGUCUUUGGGUAGCAAGUCCAAUCUAUCAACUCCGAAAACUUCUCUUGUCAAUGUUUUCGCAGGAAGCCAUUGCACUGAAGGUCUUCAGGAAGCAGUACUUUCCAGCAGCUAUCAUUUUCCGAAAUUGGCUUUAGAGCAGAUGACAAGAGAUGUGAGGGCUCACCAUUCUGGCGUACGAAACAGUGCGAAUUUCGAUUACUUAGAUAAUAAGCAUUCUGUAAGUCCAGUUCACUGGUGCGUUUCUUCAAGUAAGCCAUCAGACGAGAUUACUAUGCAAAAAUUAAAUUCACCACAUCGGAAUAAUAUUCAUGUGCAAUCACAUUCGCAUUUACAACAACAUUCCUCGUUGAAUAUUAUGCCUUUCUUGAUUGGCAACAGGUAUUCCCGAAGCGGCUGUGCAAGUGUCACUCGAAGCGCAAUGGAAUCCCCACUCACAAUCGAUUCAGGGACUCAUAAAUCGGACAAAACUUAUAGAUCAUCUGUUGUUGUUGACUCCAAUCGUCUUAAGAAUCUUGAGCAAAAUGGCGGAACAAUUAGCACUGCUGCAACAAUUUUUAUGGAAAAUGGUAGUUCAGAUCAUCAUUCUUCCGUUGGUGGUCUUUCAACUCGUUAUCUUGUUCAUCAGCCUUAUUUUCCUUCAAGUGCUGGCUCAUCCAGUCGUCUUAGUUUGGGUUCGGUUGGUCCGUGUAUUAAUUCGAAGAAGAUCUACCCUCUUACACAAGAAAACUCUCACAACAGUGAAUAUUAUCACGUUGCCAUUUUUGACUACGAAGCUCAUACAUCAGAGGAAGUUAGCGCACGAAAAGGUGAUCAACUUCGAGUUCUGGAUUUAAGUGAUUCAGAAUGGUGGUUGGUUGAACAUUCUGGACAAGUUGGUUACAUUCCAUCAUCUUAUUUAGCUCAAGCUAAUUCUGUUGAAGCUGAAGAUUGGUACUUCCGAAGUAUAUCAAGAAAAGAUUCAGAACGUCUUUUAUUAUUAAAAGGAAAUAUUCGUGGGACAUUUCUGGUUCGAGCUAGUGAAACAACAAAUGGUGCUCUGUCUUUGUCAGUGCGUGAUACAGAACAACAAAGAGGUGAAACUGUAAAACAUUAUAAAAUUAAACAAUCCUCUGAAACUGGUGAUGUGUAUAUAACUACAAAACAAGUCUUUCCUGAUUUAAAAUCAUUAGUUAUUCAUUAUUCUAAUCAAGCGGAUGGUUUAUGUUGUUGUCUUACACGUCCAUGUCCAAGACCACCUCCUGUACCAACUGAUUUAUCAAGAUUAACAAGAGAUCAAUGGGAAAUUUCACGUUCCUCAUUGAAACUAAUUGAAUUAUUAGGUGCUGGUCAAUUUGGUGAAGUUUGGAAAGGAAAAUGGAAUGAAACUAUUGAAGUUGCUGUGAAAACAUUAAAACAAGGUACAAUGACUAAAGAAGAAUUUCUUAAAGAAGCACGUAUUAUGAAACAAUUACAUCAUCCAAGACUUGUACGUUUAUAUGCUGUAGUUACAGCUGAACCAAUUUAUAUUAUUACUGAAUUAAUGAAAAAUGGUAGUUUAUUAAAAUAUUUACGUGAUGGUCCUGGUAAAGAAUUAGGAUUGAAACCAUUAAUUGAUAUGAUGGCACAGAUUGCUAGUGGUAUGGCUUAUUUAGAAAAAGAACAUUAUAUUCAUCGUGAUUUAGCUGCAAGAAAUAUACUUGUCGGUGAAAAUAAUUCAGUAAAAGUUGCUGAUUUCGGAUUAGCUCGAAUUAUUGAUAGUGGGAAUGAAACAUAUACAGCUAAACAAGGUGCUAAAUUUCCUAUCAAAUGGACAGCACCAGAAGCUGCAUUAAUGGGUAGAUUUACAAUUAAAUCAGAUGUAUGGUCAUUUGGUAUUGUAAUAUAUGAAAUUAUUACUUAUGGACAAGUACCAUUUCCUUCAAUGAAUAAUACAGAAACAUUACAACAAGUAGAAAAUGGUUAUCGUAUGCCAUGUCCAUUAAAUUGUCCUAAUUCUAUAUAUGAAAUAAUGUUAAAUACAUGGGAUGCUAAACCAGAAUGUAGACCAACAUUUGCUUUUUUAUGUAAUUAUUUUGAAGAUUAUUUUACAUCAGCUGAAUUAUCAUAUCGUCCAGCUGAUAAUAAUAAUAAUAAUAAUAAUAAUACUAUUGAUGAUGGAAAUGAUGAUAUUCGGAUCAUUAAUUGUAAUAAUAUAAAUGAUCAUGAUCAUCGUCAAAAUAAACGUCAUUUAGAGAAACGUAAACAAAAUCAAACCACCUUAUUAAGUCAUGAUACAACUAUCAUAUAUGACCAACGUAAUAAUAAUAAUAAUAAUAAUAAUACGAAUACGAAUAGUAAACAAAAUGAACAUUCUUCAUCGCAUCAUUUCAAUGAGAAUUCAAUGACAACACAACCAUUAUCAAAUUCAUCACAUAUUUGUACAGUUCAAAUGUGUUAAUUAUCUAAUGUUUGUAUGUAUAUACCACACACACACACAGACACACAAUACAGUAUAAGAUUUAAAAUAGUUGACAACUCAUUUAUUCAUUUCAUUAUUUCUUUUGGAUCAAUUCUUUUCUUUUUCUUUUUUCUUUUUGUUUCGUUCUUCUUUCAACUUUUCACUCACUUUUUUUUUUCUUUUUAACGUUUAAAAGUGCCUUGUAUUCUUAUUUACUUUUACUUACUGAUUAAUAAAUAACAGUUACUAUAGAAAAUGAUUUUGAUUGUUUAUUGAUUUUCAAUUUAUUGAACUUUGAUCCAGGGCCUAAACAACAUUGCAAAAGAAAAACAUACAAUUUUUUUUCUCCUCUCUCUCUAUCUGUCCCUCUUUAUACUUUUUUUUCUACUAUGAAUUGUAUUCUUAAGAAAGAGAAAAAAACAGAACAAACAAUCCCAUGUCCCGGUGUUUCCUUAUACAACUGUACAAAUAGGAUACUCACAACUAUAGUAACAAUAAUAAUAAUAAGUAAAACAUGUUUUAUACCCUUUCAUCGUAUGUAGCUGAAAUAGAAUUUCUCUUAAAGAAUAAUACACCUUAUCAACUAGAGAUAAAACUUUUUUAAUGAACACUAACUUUUUUUUUUGUUCAUUCAUCUAUCCUUUUUAUUAUUAUAGUAGUGUAACUAUGCAAGAAACUUUAAUAUUGGAAAUCAAUAUUUCUUUUCAUAUAAACAUUCAUUAUCAUUGAUUAUAUAUGCUCAUUUCUUUUUUUUUUCUUCUCACAUCAUGACAAUUGCAUUUUUGUUUUUUUUUGGUAUUUUUUUGUUGUUGUUGUUGCUGAAAUGUCUCCUCAUCAUGAUACAUUCAAUUCUGAUUUUUCUUUUUUUUUUUUUCAUUUUUAUUUAUCCUAUUUGUAAUCAUGAUAACCAUAUACAUUUAGAGGUUUUGAAUGUGAAUAUUGUCUGUUUAUAGGAAUAUGCUUUAAUUGUGUUGCCUAAUUGUAGAAAUUUUUCUUUUUAUAUUUUUUUAAAAAUGAAUAAAAUUAAUUCAAUGAAUAAUGUUAGAAAGAUUAUAAAUUGAUUAGUAGUAGUGAUUGUCUUUCUAUACUCUCUCUCUCUCUCCCUCCCUCUCUUCAGUAUAUCACUUGGUGUAUCCAAUGACCGCUUAAAUGAAUAACUUCAUCAACUUCUUUUCCUCCUUUUCUGGUGAAUUUUAUAGUUACAGAUGAUAAUCAUUCAAUUCAAAUGGGUUUAAUCUUCUUUUUUUUCAAUACCAACUUGAUAAGAAUUAUUAUUAUUAUUAUUAUGAUGAUGAUAUCUAUUUGUAUAAUUGAAUAGGAUUUUCCAUUUUAUUUAUGCAUUACAUUUAAUAAACUGUGUUAAUAUUAUUGUACCAUUGAUAGAUUGUUUGAAUCUAUUUCACUUCGUCUAAUUCUUCAUCUUUUACUCAUAUCUUUUGAUGGUCAUUUUCUUUUCUAUUGUCUUGUCUUUGUUUUUUAUUGAUUUAAAUUAGAUAAUACAAAAGAGAAGAUAACAACAACAACAACCUCAGGAUGAAAUAAUGAUUGAUAAGAAAAACAAAACAAAACAUGUCAUUGUCGUAUGUAUUUGUUCUUGUCUUUUUUUUUCUAUCCUUGAACAAGGGAUCUUAAAUAAUUCAUUGGAAUCAUCUCAGUGUAACAACCAUAAAUUCACUUGAUUAGGUUAGUAGUGCCUUUUAAGUUUAUUAAGACAUUCGAACUAUACAAUACUUUUAUAUUGAAAUGCAAUUUCUCAACAGCUACAAUGUUCUUUAGUGCUGUUAGAGGUAUGAGAGUGCUUAUCACUUCCCGGUUGCCCACACUAUGCAAGGCUUCUUCUGGAGGUACCUAAAAUUGAAACCAGAUUAGAGAUGGUUUUCAUGACCUGAGAAUGUGACGACAGUGCCCAAGGUACAACUGCUUCAGCCCGGUGACACACUUUUUGCGGGUAAUUUCCGUGUUACCUCCGUAGUUGUUGAGACCUUACCACCGGAGACGAUAUCCGUGGUAUAAGGCGGUGUGCAAUUUUAGGGUCGACCUUUUCUAACCCCACUCCUUCUUACGGGAAGGCAGCACCGCUGCUAUACUGGUUGUCUGAAGGAGACAGCUUACUGCCUUCACACCUCUAUACAGUCAGCAAAACGACUUCGAACCUCGGGUUUGCAGCUUUUAGUUUUACCGUUGCUCAACUGGCAUGGUAGGGACUUUAGGAACGAAUGUUCCAACCAGUAUAGCUCAAUUGGUUCACCACGAUAGCCAAG